GCAUCUAUCAAUGCAUGACCGUCUACAUGUGAACAGCUACUAGCUCUCUCACUCGGUCACUCGCACUAAUAAAAGGGACCUCUUCCCCUUACCUGCAAGUCUUUCCUUCUCGUUAGUCUCUUCGGCUCUCCAUUUAGCUGCGGUGACGCGUAUUCUGGACUCCAGACUUCUCUUUCUCCUUACCCAGCACUCUUCCAUAUCUUCUUUUAGUAUUUUUAUUACCCUAUAUAUAUUAAAUAUACACACAUAUUGUAACAAAACGGUAAUAUCUGCUAGUUUUUCCCCCCCUACAGACUCAAAUAUCAUAAAGACGACAGAGUGCUCUCAUCUGGGUUUACUUCUCCUGGUCUAUUGCUUUCUACAUGUGGUUCUUGCUUCUGGGUCAACCAUGAAUUUGCCAAUAAUGGCCUUUGAUUGAGGGGUAUUCCCAGCUUUUUGGGGAUGAUAAUCUGGUUGUCCUUGGGACGGAAAAUCGGUUCAUCUUUCUUUCUCUGGAUCAGAGGACAGGUUAUAUUUUGGUUUUUUACUUGCUUGAUAAAUGUUUUGGAGUUCACUGUUGAGUCUUUCAGGGCGGCUAGAGACACGAGGCACAGAUCCACCAAAACGAUUCCAAAACUGAUAUAGCAUAGUUGUCACGUUUUUUUUUUUUCUUUCCUCUCUUUUUCUCCCCUCUCCCCCUUCACCCCGUGCUUCUCCCCUCCCUCUCUUUUUUUUUUUUCUCUAUUUUUCCCCUCUCCCCUUCUCCCCGUGCCUCUCCCCUCCUCCCCUUUCCGAACCCUUUUCUGACGUCGCUGCCGCAGCCCCACGUCGCCGCCGAACCUUCCUCGGCCACGUCGCCCUUCACCGCAGCCCAGUCAUCUUCCUCUCUCUCUAGCACCCUUCACCUUCCUUGCCCUUCACCGCACCCCUCACCUUCCUGAACCCUCGCCGACGUCGCCCUUCACCCCGUCAGAAUGCCUUCGUCGCUGCUGCCUCCCUUCACCGGCAGAAUAACAUGAAUGGCCCCUGUUUGUUAAAACCAAUUAUUGGGCAUGUCUUAUUUGAGAAAAGUCUCAGCUGGGAGUAACAUAGAGAUAGGUGAAUAUCAUAGCUAAUCGUGCAUGAUAAUGAGGACCCACAUCAUCAAUUUCAUAACCAAACACCCCCACCAGCCUUCCAUGGGUGUCCGGUCGAAAGUGACCUCUUCCCAGUAUGUAGCAUCAAGAGCUAGAGACCCUGUGUUUGAGAAACUGAUGGACAAGUACAAACACCUUGUCAAAGUGAUUGCCAUCCAAGACCUCAUCCUUGCAAACCCAAAGAACGAAUGUGUAUCUCUUGACUUCUUGUCCAGGCUCUCCCAAAGGCUCCACCUCAACCGCGGUGCCCCUGCCUUCCUACGCAAAUAUCCUCACAUUUUCCACAUUUUCUAUAAUCCCACCAAGUCCCAGCCCUUCUGUAGAUUAACCGAUGCUGCUUUUGAGAUCUCGUGCCUUGAAGCAGAGGUUAUUAAUGCUUCGUUGCCACUUGUUGUUGACCGUUUGUUACGGCUUCUGUCAAUGUGCCAAUCCAAAAUGUUGCCACUUCGUGCCAUUUUCAAAGUUUGGAGGGAACUUGGGCUUCCUGAUGAUUUUGAGGACUCGGUGAUAGCUCGAAACUCUCAUCUUUUUCAGCUUUGUGAUGCUCAUGAACCCAGUACGCAUAUCUUGAAACUGGCUGAUGUGAGUCCUAGUUGUCGCUAUGUGGCAGCAGCUGAGAAUUGGAGGGUUGGGGAGUGUUGUAAGCAGGACUGCAGCGUUGAUAGGAUGGAAUUGAGAUAUAGCUUUAAGCAUGGGUACCCUCCAGGUAUGAAGUUGAGCAAGAAUUUUAGGGCCAAGGUUAAACAGUGGCAGAGACUGCCUUAUGUGGGACCAUACGAGGAGAUGGGAGAGGAGAGGGCUAAGGCUGGAAUGAUGACACUGGAGAAACGGGCUGUUGCAAUCGUUCAUGAAUUCUUGAGCUUGACAGUGGAGAAGAUGGUGGAAGUGGAGAAAAUCAGCCAUUUUAGGAAAUGGUUUGGGAUUGACUUAAAUAUUAGGGAUUUAUUCUUGGAUCAUCCGGGAAUAUUUUAUUUGUCCACCAAGGGAAAGAGCCAUACUGUCUUUUUGAGAGAAGCAUAUGAGAGGGGAUGUUUGAUUGAACGAAAUCCAGUUUAUAAUGCCAGAAGAAUGCUUCUUGAUCUUGUUGCCUUGGGAAGGCGUGGUUUGUUUACUGAUGAAUGAAGCCAAGUACAUUUUUGGUUGCAACUGCAAGGAGGCUGAGUUGCAGGAAGAGGACAUGACACCAAGAUUAUGACUUUUGAGUAUCCUGACUAAAGCCUUUCAACUUCCAGUACCAGGUGCAUCAUUAUUUUUUCCAUCCAUUUUUGUUGUUCCAUUAUUGCUUUGUGCUGGUUAUCAUGUAUCCUAGGGUGUUCACUUCAUUGCCUCUGCGUGAUUGUAAAUUAAAGGGUGCAAAUCUGUUCAAGAUGAUCAUAUUAAAGAAUCUUGUGGAGGUGAUACCUCUCUCUCUCUCUCCCCCCUCAGCGUGCGUGCACAUUAGUGCAUUUUCUAUAAUAUAGAAUUACUUGGAUUAACAUUUAUGCUCGUCUGAUUGUUGAUGUGUAACAUAUAUAGUAUAACUUUAAGCCUGUUAAGUCCUAUUUGCAAAAUUUAUUU